CGAACGUCACGGACGCGACUCGCGACGAAUCCACUACCAGCCUACCGGCAAAGUCGACGGCGCACAACUCCAUUGACUUCUGAGGAACGCCCAUCAGCGCCCUGGAAGAGGCCCUGCUGUCGAUGUCUCGCCUGCUCGCUCUUCAAUCACCCCCUGCGAACCAUUCCAGAGAGUAUAGCGAAGGGAACGGCGAUUCUUCGACGCCCUCUCCGACACCGGCAAAAAGGGUGCACCAGCCGACGAUCCUCGCGCCGGACUCGAGCCCGCUGCGCGCCAUGGCUGGUCCGGAGGGGUCUUCGGUGAGCCGCAUGGCAAAGGCCAUGGGUUCCGGGCAGUUUCAACGGACAGAUUUCCAGCGGUCGCCCACGCGAUCGACGUCGCCACAGGAGACGAGGAAACGGCCGGGUCAGGGCCGGCUCGAGGCGCUCGGGAGAUUUACGAGCGCAUUCCCUGCCACAUCGCCAACAAAGAAGGCAGCGGCGGACGAUUCGGACGGGCAUGUGACCAGCCCGGCGGACUCUUCGCCCCGGAAAAAGUUCAAGACGGACCUCAGCAGAUUCGCGUACAACGGUGCCGCACCGUCGCAGAAGAAAGACUCAGAUCUCUCUUCGAGCUCGGGCGGGGAGGAGAGCGAUGAGGGGCCUGCUAAGCUUUCUGGGCAAAAGAAGCGAGGGAACGGGGUAGGGCUCAGCGAGGCCAUCUCGCUCGACGACUCGGACGCGGAAAUGGAGGACACACCUGCAACGUCGGCGUGUCUCUCGCCACGCUCAGCUUCCCGAGCGGGCGAGGCAGCGAGCAGCUCGCAAACCUCGCCGGGUGGCACGGGCCAUGAAUUUGAUGUCAAGGUUGAGCGCAUUCACACAGUCCAUCCGGAAUACUCGAAAGAGCAAAUCAGAAAUGCGCUGAAAGAGUCGGACGGGCUGGCGCGAACGGCACUCAUCAAGCUACUCCGAUCACAAAAGACAUCGUCUGCACCGCCUUCCUCGUCCUCGUCUUCAACCUCGAAGCCAGCCGCCUCCUCGUCAUCAAAGCAACCGGUCUCGUCGUCUCUUCCUGCCGUCCACAAGAAGCCCUCACAGUCGCCCGGACCGCCUGGACCCAAGAAGACGAUCUCGCUCAUUUCGCCGGCUGGGCUAAACAGCUCAAGUCCCAUCAGGGCCUCUCCAGUCAAAGUUACGACAAAGCUUAGGCCAGGGAGUAGCUCGCCGGUCUUUGUGCGCGAGAACAGCAGCAAUAGCCAGAACAGGCCGGUCCAAUCUGCGAGACCAGCACCGAAAGCGAGACCUCCGGCCCCAACAUCAUCAGCAGGUAACAAGUCCCAUGUCAGCAUCAGCGACGACAGCGAGCUGUCUGACAGUGACGGCUCUGACUCUGACGUGUCAGAUAGGGAGAAGAGGGAUGAGCGAAAGGCAUUACAGUGGUUCAAUAGUGUCGACGCGAGUCAACUCGUCGACAUUAUUGGUUGCAACGAGAACCAGGCAGAGACUAUCAUCGACCUGCGUCCGUUCAAGUCCGGAGACGAUGUCCACCGCAAGCUUGGCGCCAAGAGCGCAAAGGGUGUCUCUCCUCGGCUAUUUGACAAUUGCGUCGAGCUCAUGUCGGGUCUGCAACAGGUUGACAGCGUCCUGGAGCGCUGCGAGAAGAUGGGCGAAAAGCUGUCGGCCAAGACCAAGACGUGGGAAUCGGUUGCCGAGGCCGCCAGUGCGACGCAGUCUAGUGGCCAAGUCGAAGGUUACCUGUACGGCCAGCCAAAGGGCAUGGCCGAGGGUGUCGAGCUGAAAAGCUUCCAGCUUCGGGGUGUCAACUGGUUGUACCUGCUUUACCAGCAAAAGUGCUCGGGCAUUCUGGCUGAUGACAUGGGCCUAGGCAAGACGGCCCAAGUCAUUGGAUUUCUUAACGUGGUCACUCAAAGAUUCAAGGCCGGACCUCACCUCAUCGUCGUUCCGUCAUCUGUUCUGGACAAUUGGAUGCGCGAGUUCAAGACCUUUGGCCCUCACCUCGAGGUCGUCAAGUACCACGGUCCGCAGAAGGAGCGGCCCUUGAUCCAGCGCGAGCUCAAGCAGAACAGGAAGAAUGUCAAUGUCGUGCUGACGACGUACGAAAUGGCUGCCGGUGGAGAUCGCGACCACCUCUUCUUGAGGAAGUACGAAUUUGCGACGUGCAUCUACGAUGAGGGGCACAUGCUCAAGAAUUCGAGGUCGGUCAAGUUCCAAAAGCUCGUCAAAAUCAGGGCGGACUGGCGUCUGCUUCUAACGGGCACGCCGCUGCAGAACAAUCUCGGCGAGCUCAUCUCACUGCUCAAAUUUAUCAUGCCGAAGUAUUUCAGCAACGCAGAAGAGGCUCUCGCCUCGAUCUUCAAGGUCAGCCAGCAAAGCCAACUCUCGAAGGAGCGCGUCAAUCGGGCCAAGAGAAUGAUGCAGCCGUUUUUGCUUCGGAGGAAGAAGAUUGAUGUCUUGACGGAGCUGAGGCCCAAGACGGAGCGCAUCGAGUACUGCGACAUGACUCCGGUACAAGCCGACCUGUACAAGACGGCAUUUGCUCAGACCAAGGCGGCGCUUCGGGAGCAACAGCAGCAGGCCAACGGGAACGCAAAGGAGGCGGCAACAGAGAAAGCCAAGCUUGGCGUGCUCAUGGCCCUCCGAAAGGCGGCCAAUCAUCCAUUGCUGUUCCGUCGGCUGUACGACGACCAAAAAAUCGUCGCACUCGCGAAGGACUACAUCAAGCAUGAGGAUCACGCAUCGGAAAGCCUCCAGGAGAAGAUUGAAGACUUCAUGAUCAACUGUGACGCCGAGCUCUCCAUGUAUGUCGCGGCACCCAACCGGUAUUGCCAAAAGCACGUCGUCGAGGACAAGGAAUGGCUCGAUUCGGGCAAAAUUCGAGCGCUCGAACGAGUCAUCAAAGAGGCACAGGCAAAGGGCGAACGGGUGCUUGUCUUUUCGCAAUUUGUACAGACCCUCGAGAUCAUCUGUCGGGCAUUGGAGGUGCUGGACAUUCCGUACCGUGGCUUCACUGGCUCGACCCAGGUCGUCGAUCGGCAGGUCAUUGUGGACGAAUUCACAAAUGACGACUCGAUUCCUGUCUUUCUCCUCUCGACAAAGGCUGGCGGCGUCGGCAUCAACCUCACCGCAGCCAAUUGGGUCGUGCUGUUUGACCAGGACUUUAAUCCGCAAAACGACCGGCAGGCGGCCGACCGCUGCUACAGGAUAGGCCAGGAGAGAGAAGUGACGAUCGUUCGACUGAUCAGCAAAGGCACCAUUGAUGAACACAUUUGGAAUCUUGGCCAGUCAAAGCUCAAGUUGGCGGACCGGGUCGAGGGCGUCGACGAGGAUGAGGAGGGUCCGGACGACGAAAAGACAACCAAGCUUGUUGAACAGUCUCUACUGGCGAAGCUCGUCGAUGAGGACGAAGACGAGGGGCGAUCGGAGGCAGGGAAGGGAAAAGAGGAGGAAUCCGAGACGGAGAAGCCCUCUCCGGAUGGGAAUGCUUAAUGUUGCCCUACUUUCGGCUCGGACACCGUCCUUUGCGCAAGAAAGACGCAAGCGUGCCGCCUCAAACAAGAAUACUCUCAUACGCACGCACACACACCACAUUUUCCCCGCACUUUCUUGACACACACAGAUCCCUAGAUGCUCCAAUCGCAAUGUUAUUGUUACAAUCUGAAUCGUACACG